AUAGUAGCCGAUACAAUUUUGGAGUUGGAAAAAAAGAUGAAGAGAAGUUGUUGUUGAAGAGGAAAGACUUCUUUUUUUCCAGUAUAAAGCAGUGAAGUUCUGCUUACUACCCUUCAGGAUUCGAAGUGACAGAUCUCUGAGGCACAAAAAUGAGUGAGCAAUCAAUUGCUUCAGCCAGAGCCUCUGUGAUGGUCUAUGAUGACACCAAUAAAAAAUGGAUCCCCAGUGGAUCUUCCAGUGGGUUGUCUAAAGUUCACAUUUACCAGCAUCUCACAAAUAAUACCUUCAGAGUAGUUGGAAGAAAACUGCAAGAUCAUGAAGUUGUCAUCAAUGCCUCCAUACUCAAGGGACUUAAAUACAACCAAGCCACACCAACAUUUCACCAGUGGCGAGACAAUAAACAAGUUUAUGGCCUUAACUUCAGUAGUCGUGAUGAUGCAGAAGCAUUUGCAGUUGCCAUGCUUCGAACUCUUGAAGCUGUCAACCAAAAUAGUUCUUCCUCCAGACCUCCGCCCCCACCCCCUAUGAACUCACAACCUGUCUAUCAAAGCAUUUCUGGAGAUAUGGAAAUGAAUAACAUUGAUCAAAAAUGGUCAGACAAUGGAAUGUCCCAUCAAGUACAGUAUGGAAGCAAUGCAGUGAAUGGCUCUCAGAUGAAUAAUAUGAAUUCUGGAUCUCCAAGUAAUACACUGCACCGUUCAGCAGCCCCUAGCUGUGCUCCACCUGCUCCUCCUCAACCACCAACUCCACCUGUUCAACAGAAUGUUGCACCUCCUCCUCCACCACCCCCUCCACCACCUCCUCCAUCUAUGAGCAUACCUCCUGCUCCUCCCUCCAUGCCAAAUGCAGGACCACCCCCUCCCCCUGCUCCUCCUAUGGGACUCUCUGGGCCACCUUGUCCCCCUCCCCCUCCUGGCUCUUCCAUGCAGCGACCCAAUACGGCAAAUAUGUCUCUGGCAUCAGCCCUUGCUAAUGCAAAGUUGAAGAAAACAAUGAAGACUGAACCUACCAAUGAUGCUAAUAAGACACCUGGUCCUCCUUCUGGUAUGGCUAGUAUGAUGGACGAAAUGGCAAAAACACUUGCAAGAAGACGAGCUCAGGCAGAAAGCUCUCAAACCAUGGAUGGUAAUUCAACUUUAGAUGCUAAAUGGGAUAAAAAUUCUGCUAAUGGUAACAGCACAAAUGCAGGAUUGGAAUCGCCUAAAAGCAGCAGGAGGCAAAGGAUAGGAUCCAUUGGUGACAUGGAUAACUUAAAAACGAAUGGUUUGGAUUCUUGCGACAUGGAUCGAUUAAAGCAAGAAAUAUUGGUAGAAAUUCGUAUGGAAAUCAACAAGCUGAAACAAGAUAUUAUUGAUGCCAUAAGAAUGGAGCUGAAUAGAAGAUAAUACAUCUCAAUUUCUGAAUGUGGGAAAGAAAAAUGAGAUGAAACAGCCUUUUUUUUUACUCAACAAAUUACUGUGAAGAACUGGUCUUUAUGUGUGAGUUUGCCUUCCAUACUGGGUUUCGUACUGUAUAUAAAUGUGCAAGACUACUUUUGCCUUCUGGGAACUAUUUCAAAGGUUCGCAUUUGUACUUUUUCUAUAGAAUGCUGAAUCAGAAAAAAAAAAAAAAAGCAUUGUUUUGUUCUUUAAAAAAAAAUCUUUUUUUGACUCUGAUAUGUUUGAAAAAUUUUUCUUUAUGCCAAAUCAAAAAAAAAAAAAAAAAAAAAAAGAAAUUCAUGCUAAGGAUAUCUAAAUAUCAUUCAUUUUCAAAGAAUUAAUUUUCACUUCUGCAUUUUCUUAAAGCAAAGUCUUAUUUAUUUGUUGAAGCUUUUAUUUAUAUAUAAUAUAAACUUCUGAGAAAGUACAUUUAUAGAACUAGUAUUGCAUUUUUCUUACUAUGUAAGUAUUGGUAGGUGAAAUUACUUUUCUUGCUAUUGAAAACAGUCUUAUGUAGCUAUAUUUUUGUAGCUAUGGAGGGAUUUUAAUGUCACUUAUACAAACAUUUUUAUGGUGCUGAAUUCUAAACGAGCUAUUAGAUCAAUUAGUUUACAUUCUUUUUCAAAAUCUCUCACUUUCUACUAUUAUUAAAAUUUAGGAAAUCUAAAAUAUAUAUUGCUUAUGUAAGUAAAUUAGUUAAUAAAACACUAUUUUGUGAGUGUUGGGUUAGGCCUAAUUCAUCCUAGCAAUAGAUAAAAAUGAUUAAAAUUGUUUGUUCAGGCCUUUUCUGCUACAAAAAAAAAAAAAAAAAAAAAAAAAUGGUUAUUCAAGUUUAAUAAUUUUGAUUUCAAAUGCAUUUGAAAACUAUUUUUUUUUAGAUAUCUUUGGCUGUUUUUUAUGAUUCGUUUUAUGUUUUUAUUAUUAUUAUUAUGGACAUUUAUUUAUGGUAUGAAUUUUUCAACAUCUUAGAUGGAAAAACUAUGCAUUUAUUGACUUUUUCAACUAAGCAUUUUAUUUUAUUUGACUGAGCAUGAAGAUAAAUUUUUAUAACCAUAUCAGGUGACAAAAUUCUUUUCUUUUAUUAAUCAGUGCCUUUUUGUUGGCACCUGCUAUGUGAUGCUCUUCCAUACAACAAUUGCAUUUGCGUAGCUGAUUUCAAGUAAAGAUAAUUGAGUGUUUAUAUUUGAAAGUUUUGAUAAUUAAAAGUACCAGUUCUGACUUAAAACUUGUAUGGCGCUGAAAUACAUGGUGAUUUUUUUUAAAUGUGUAUUUACUAAUACUCCUACUUACUCUAUUAACAAAAUUUAUGUGUGUUAACUUGAGCUUUUUAUAAUAUGAAUGUAAGUGUAGUGUUUUUAAUAUGUUUUCAUGGUAACGUAAAAUCAUUGUUAUUAAAGUCUUGCCUUUUGAUAUCAUGCUUAAAUAUCAGUGUUUCUCUUGUUGAACAAAGAAUGCUGUCAUUUUUAAGGCACUGUACAUUGUGUAUUGCAGUUUAAUCUGAUACCCAUUGAAAUUCUUACACACUGUAUUUGUUUACUUUUGUAAUUUUUAUGACCCAUUUUUGACUUAGAAAAUUAUUUCUUGGAUAUAUUAUCUAUUAAUUUGAUAUUGUAAUUUAUUUUAAAGGAAAUAUUUAAUAUGCUUUUUUUAUUUAUUUGUUUCUUCAGUGAAUUAAAAUUUUCUUUAUUCCUCUAUAAUGAAAUAAUUUUAAUCCUAUAUAACAAUUUUCACUCUAGAAAGAUACUUCAUCAGUAGAUGAGAACUAAAUGUUUUUGUUUCAAUGACAAAUGUUAUUAACUUGCUUCUGUAUAAUUGCCCAGAAAGUAUCUAUAAAGAAUUCUUCAGGUGCAAAGGAUGAUUCAAAACUUUUUUUGAAUAUUUAAACAUAUCAAUUUUAUUUCAUGCCAAAGAAAAAUGUUUAGGACUGCAUAUUUCUUGUAGCUAUUUAAAACUGAAGUUAUUAAAUUUCCUAUUAUUUUACUACAUUUUCAGAUUAUUUCAAAUGCUACAUUCUAUCAUUUAAAAUUAUUUAUAUAGGAAAGCUGUAGUUGAAUAACAAACUACAUUUGAAUAUUGAAAUAUUCUAGAACUAUAAUUAAUUCAUUAUAAUGAGAAAGUGUUUAGUUUUCUAUGUAAUUGUAAAGUUUUAUUAUCUUUAGAUUGGUGAGAAAAAUAAAUAUUAUUUUUCAUUUUUAUUGCAUGAAAUAAUAUUCAAAACCUGAGCUUUUGUAAAAGCAGCCUUAUAUUUUUGGAAAUCAUGAAAUUUCGUUCUAAACAAGACUGAAUGUUUGCAAUUGCUUGUUGACUAAGAUUUAAAUGUUUUAUAAAUAUUGGAUAUGUAGACUUAUUUUAAUUUUAGACUAAUGCAGUUAUCGAUAUGAACUUUUACUUUCAUAUUUUAGUGAGAUUAUUUUGAAUUUAU